CAAUAACUUCUUAUGGUGUGGAAUUCAGCCAACAGUAAAUGGCUGAAUCCAAAUCUCGUUUUAAUUUUUAUUCCUUUCAAUAUUAUAUGAGUAGAUAAAUACAUUUACAGAUAUUUAAAAAUGCAAAUAUCUUUGCCACAUUUUAAUAUGUACAAAGUUUCAUUUUAAAAAGUAUAUUCACAUUCAAAUAAUCUAAUUUAUAAUCUAUCAAAUAUGAGCUAACACAUGGUCAUGUUCACCUGAAAAAAAGUGAAUAAUAGUUCUUACCUUCAAAUGAUUUUUUCUUUUUAAAGAUGGGGUCUUCCUGUCACCCAGACUGGAGCCAGUGGUAUAAUCGAGCUCACUGUAGCUUGAAACUCCUGGGCUCAAGCAAUCCUCCUGACCUACUGCCUCAGCCUCCCAAGUAGCUGGGAUUGCAGGCGCAUACUACUAUGUCUGGCUAAUUUUUCUUUUUUUUUUUAGAAACGGUACCUUAUUACGUUGCCAGGCUGGUGUCAAACUCCUGGCCUCAAGUGAUCCUCCCACUUGUGCCUCCCAAAGUGCCAGGAUUACAAGCAUGAGUGACAGCACACAGCCCUAAUGAUCUUUUCCCUUCACUUCUUCUAGCAGAGGCUAGAAGAAAACUGAGGUAAAAACAAAACACAGUUGGAAAGGAGAAUAGUAAAGACUGAGGACAAAAGCAAGAAAGGUCGGUAAAAGGGAAUCUAAAUCAGCAAAGACAUGUCUGAUGUUCAUUUUUGUUAGAUGUCUCUAUGGAACCCCAUUGUUUUAGGGUUUGGUGUGUUCCUGAUGAACACCUCUGCGGAAAACUGAAGCCUCUGGUGCAGUUAGCCAGCCCUGCUGCUCCGUGGGCACCUGUCAGUGUGCAGUGUGACAGGGGAGGCUAUGUGGGCAUGCACCAGCAAGAGGAGAGGCUGUGUGAGAACACAGCAAGAAGAAGGCCAUCUCGUUAGGAACUGAACCCUGCUGCCACCUUGAUCUUGGACAUUACAGCCUCUAGAGAAGGUGCGUGGGGAUGCAGGACCUCCGUGAGAAGUCCCUGGAGGACUCCACACAAUCUCUGAUUUCACAUGAAGAACAGGUGCACCAGUCCACCGACUACGGCCAUCGCCAGACUGGGAAUAGAGAUGAGUCUCGAUUGGUGGUUCCCCUGAGGAGAGCACCUGGCUGCCAUCGAAGGCUCUCAGCCCGACGUCGGGGCCUCUCUUUCCAGAGCUCCCUGGAGGUAAUCCAGGAGGAGCCGCUGGAGGAGUCCGCACAAUCUCUGUCUUUGGAUAAAGAACUGGUGUACCAAGCCACUGACCGUGGCCAGCGCCAGACUGGGUAUGGAAAUGAGUCGGCUGUCUGCUUUACGGAGCUGCAAGUGAUGAGGACCUCCCAGCCAGCCACCUGGGACAUGCUGGUGAGCUCUCUCGUGCCAGUUCUUUCGGCACAAACCAUCUGCUCCGUGACCUCCCAGGGCUCCUACCACGACAUCAACACCAUGGCACGGUUCCUAGAGAAACUGGUCAGGAGAAGCACCUCUUCCAUCUACGUCUCCUGGCCAGAUUCAUGCCCUGUGGUCUGCGACCAGUAUGUGAGCAUUCCAAGGCUCAGGUUUGAGGUGGCUGACAUGCAGGUCACCGUGUCCACAUCAUACCUGGGGAAUCAAGCCACCAUCGCCGUUGCCUGGCUGUACCAAUUCGGGCCCAUUUUCACAAACGCAGAGGGUGGGAUGGCCGCAGUUUACCAGCUUCAGAAAGAACAACAGGCGCUCCCAGUGCCGGCCAUAGAACCAGCGCCACCGCCAGCAGAUCUGGGCGAGCAGAGGCCUGCUCUGGAGCCAGGGGUGCCUGCAUCCCUGGAUCUCCCAAUGUAUAUGGAGUCAGCUCCAGGGCCAGGGUCAAGGGCAGCACCCUGGACAGAGCCAUCUGGAAAGCCAGUGAAAACUGGAAAGGCACAACCAAAGGCAAUCGUAGGCCUCAGCCAGCCCAGGACUGUGCCUGAACAAAUGCUGCACAGGGCGGGGCCGUCUAGCAUCCUGGCGUACACAGGGAAACAAGUGGCUGAGCAGCUCACGCUGCUGGAUGCGGUGAGCAGCUGCUCAAACCCCUUCCCUGACCAGAGGCCAGCGAUCUGGUCCCACCCUGCUGCACGUCUUAUGAGCCAGGCCAGCUGUUUGAGUUUCUUUCUGUAUUUACGGUCCCUGUGUCUGUGGCAGCUACACACAUCUGCUGGGCACAUCCCAUGGGAGGGGACAGAGCACAGGGUGGGGGCCUGGCCCACUAGAUGCAGGGGUGGCCCACUUAGCAUGGCCCCCCGGCUGCUAAGCCCCCCGCCCGGGAAGCCUCACCAGCCUCAGCAAUUACUACACAUCUGGCACAGACUGCAUUUCAGACCAGACACCCGCACUGAGACCCUGGAGGUGGCUGCCACGGGCCACGUGCGUCUCAACAGAAAGAAGGCCUGGCACACAGGUGGCCUCAGGAAGGGCCGGGCUGAGCACCCUGCAGAGUGUGGGCUCCGGAAGGCCGGCCUGGGGGAAACACCACGUGCUGUUCUCUCCUUGCCCGGCUCUAUGCGUUUCGCGCCCUCCGUGAAAGGGGAAUGAAACCCGGGGCUCCGACUACUCUGGGAGAGCCAAUGCCAAAGCUGAGAAUCUGGUCACCUGCCUGAGUCAAGGGGUGACUUUAGACUCAGAGCUGCCCUGGGCGGUGCCCAUGUGGAUCUUUGUUCCUCCCCAGGAGCAAUUUAAGAAGCUGCUGCCGUGGGAGUGCCUGGACACCUUUUUGAUUGAGCUGGAGGGGAUGGACAUAGCGCUGGUGGCACCCACAGUGGGCGCUGCCCUGAUUCACUUCGAUACUGUGGUGUAUUUUGUGAUAAGCACGUGCUUGGAGACCCACACCAUGAAAGCCCAGGACAGGGCCAGGGUGCUGGAGCUUUGGAUACAGGUGGCCAGGGAGUGUAAUAAGUUGAGCAACUACUCAUCUUUGCAUGGCAUAGUCACAGCCCUGAAGGCUGCGCCCAUCCAUAGUCUCCAGGAAACCUGGAGAGCAGUAUCCAGGGAAAGCGCGAGAGCGUAUAAAGAACUGUGCACACGCGAUGUCAGGAUGACCCGGGAGAAGCUGAUAAAGGUACAGGGGGGCUGGGGCUGGGGGCAAAUGUUUAGAGGGCAGGGAGAGGGCAAUUUGGAAAGGGUACCGGGCUGGGUGAUUUUUGGUUAAUUUUCUAACUCAACGUUUACCUGAAAAGUACCAGUCGCCAGUCCUGUUCAGAAGAGAGAAGGGGCUUUCCUGGCUGUUCAUCAGGGACGAGCUGGAUAAUUAGCAGGGCUCUGGCUCUUGCAUUGGUCCCUCUGGUUAUGGAGCUUCCACCAGGCGAUGGGGAAAUGUCGUGGUGGUGGUGGUGGUGGCUUCUUUCUUUCCUGAAACCAGCCAGAAAUUCUCCAGAAAGCCGGGCCUCUAUUGCUGGUGUGUGGUGUGGGCAGCUGGGGCAGGGUCUCCAGACAAACGAGGGGCUGAGCUGCAUGCCCAGUAACACAGCAAGUGGGUGUAGGACACAGGGCUGGGUCUAGAACCAGAGCUCACUGAGUGACUGUAGCACCUCACCAGCUGACUGUGGCCAGGUGUCCACAGUGCGAGGUCAGGGUCCUGGGAGUAGCUGAGUGAGGGCAAGAUAGUCUCACUGACCUUGUCCUGACCCUGGCAGCUGGGGAUC